AGUCAUGGGCAAAUAGGAAGGAUUAAUGAGGUGGGUGGACCUGAAUUAAAAACUUCCACCACACCCACCUUUCCUGCCCCGCCCCAAUGAGGAGAUUAUUCUGGAAAUGUUCAAACUGAAGCAGUGCCCAGGUUUCUACAACAGCAGGUGGCAUUCUGACAUCAGGAGAGGCUGUGUUCGUUCCCCCAGGGACAAAGGACCUCCAGACCAGACAUCUGAAAGGACUUAGAGACCAGCCCAUGGAGCUGAAAAAUGUGACUGCCUCUGAGGCCGAAGGCUACAGAAACACUGGCUUCCAGAAUGAAGAAGACAUUCAUAAAAACCAGAACACAUCAGGAAACAACUCCCUAAGAAGCAGAGCUGUGCAAAACAGAGAACACGAAAAUGCCAUACAGGGUGAAGAGCCGGUCACCAUUGAGCAGGAUUCUCUAAGAAAUGAAGAUGAGGAGGAGGAUCGAGAAAUUCAUCAUAAAGGGUAUCUGGCCAGGAAUUAUGGCGUAGUUUGUGAUUUUCGUAGAAAACACAAAACCACCAUUCGGUAUGUCACCUGGGGCAUCUUAUUAGCAGGUUACCUGGCUAUGGUGAUUGCAGCCUGUGUGCUGGAUUUUCGCAGAGCCCUUCCCCUUUUCGUGAUCACUGUGGCUGCCCUCUUCUUUGUGAUCUGGGACCACUUUAUGGCCAAAUAUGAACAUCGAAUUGAUGAGUUCCUUUCUCCUGGCAGAAAACUUCUGGACAGUCAUUGGUUCUGGCUGAAGUGGGUGAUUUGGAGCUCACUGGUCCUGGGGAUUAUUUUCUGGCUGAUCUUUGACACCGCCAAACUGGGCCAGCAGCAGCUGGUGUCCUUUGGUGGGCUCAUCAUGUACAUUAUCUUGCUGUUUCUAUUUUCCAAAUACCCAACCAAAGUUUACUGGAGGCCUGUCUUUUGGGGAAUUGGGUUACAGUUUCUUCUUGGGCUCUUAAUACUGAGGACUAAGCCUGGCUUUACCGCCUUUGAUUGGCUGGGCAAACAAGUUCAGACGUUCUUGGAGUACACAAAUGCUGGUGCUUCGUUUGUCUUUGGUGAGAAAUACACAGACCACUUCUUUGCAUUUAAGGUGCUGCCCAUUGUGGUUUUCUUCAGCACCGUGAUGUCCAUGCUCUACUACCUCGGACUGAUGCAGUGGAUCAUUAGAAAGAUUGGAUGGAUAAUGCUGGUCACUAUGGGAUCAUCUCCUAUUGAAUCUGUAGUUGCUGCUGGCAAUAUAUUCGUAGGACAGUCGGAGUCCCCACUGCUGGUCCGACCAUACUUACCAUACAUCACCAAGUCUGAACUCCAUGCAGUUAUGACCGCUGGGUUUGCUACCAUUGCCGGAAGCGUGUUAGGUGCAUACAUUUCUUUUGGGGUUUCAUCCACCCACUUGUUAACGGCUUCGGUUAUGUCAGCACCUGCAUCACUGGCUGUUGCUAAACUCUUUUGGCCUGAGACAGAAACCCCUAAAGUGACUCUCAAGAAUGCCAUGAAAAUGGAAAAUGGACAACCCCUCGGUAAUUUUGGGGGUGCUAUCUUUCCAUCCAGCGAUUCGAGGAAUCUCCUAGAAGCCGCAACGCAGGGAGCCUCCUCGUCCAUCUCCCUGGUGGCAAACAUCGCUGUGAAUCUGAUUGCCUUCAUAGCCCUGUUGUCUUUUGUGAAUUCUGCCCUGUCCUGGUUCGGAAACAUGCUCGACUGCCCACAGCUGAGUUUCGAGCUAAUAUGCUCCUACAUCUUCAUGCCCCUCUCCUUCAUGAUGGGAGUGGACUGGCAGGACAGCUUUAUGGUUGCCAAACUCUUAGGUUACAAGUCAUUCUUCAAUGAGUUUGUGGCUUAUGAGCAUCUCUCAAAAUUGAUCAAUUUAAGGAAAGAGGCUGGGCCCAAAUUUGUGAACGGUGUGCAGCAAUAUAUGUCGAUUCGUUCGGAGACCAUUGCCACUUAUGCUCUCUGUGGCUUUGCCAACAUCAGCUCCCUAGGAAUAGUGGUCGGCGCGCUCACAUCCAUGGCUCCUUCCAGAAAGCACGACAUCACCUCAGGGGCAGUGAGAGCUCUGAUCGCAGGGACCACAGCCUGCUUCAUGACAGCCUGCAUCGCAGGCAUUCUCUCUGGCACUCCUGUAGACGUCAACUGCCAUCACAGUCUAGAGAACGUCUUCAACUCCAGUUUACCUAGAAACACAACCGAUGUAGUAUCUUGUUGCCAGAGUCUAUUGAGCAGCACUGUUGCCAGCGGGCCCGGCAGAGUCAUCCCGGGAGGAAACCACAGCCUGUAUUCUCUGAAGAACUGCUGCCAAUUGUUGAGUCCAUCAUCACUGAACUGCAGUUGGAUCCCUAAUGCAUUCUGAGUUCAGUCAUUUCAACACAACUCUAAGCACAGGUGCUGAAUUUUCCCCUUUGGGGAGAAAAACAAGCAAGCUAUUCUCCACAGAUUGAUACUCCCAUCAUGGAAUCAGCUUUAAUUGGAAAGAAGAAAAACAGGAGUGAACCCUUUGGAUCUACUGCAUCUUCUUCCAGAUCUACUGAAUCGUCCUCCCCUGCCCGCCCCUCCCUAGCCCCUUCCCUAUUGAAAACUACUAUGGCAUUCCAAAGUGAGGUGUUUCCAGUCCCAAAAUUGUUUUCUAACCUUAGAAUUUCAGGACAUUUAACAAGAAUACAGGUAUAAACAACAGCUCGCAACAACUGCACUAUGACUCAGUCACACCCACGUAGAGUCUCUAAGUAGUCCAGAGUGGCUCAUUUUAAAAAUAUCUCAGGUAGC